UUCUUUAUUUCCCACCUAAAACAGGCUAUCUGCACUAAAUUUACUACACAUUAAAAACAUAUAUCGUGACCAGCUGAAGCCAGGCUGUGUUGCUGCUUGUUGCUAUAGCUGAACUGGAUUUGGUUAUUUGCUAAGAUUUUAUAGAUUUACUUUUAACUUUAUAAAUCCUCAUUUUUUGUUACCCCAAUAAACAAACUUUCAUGUUUACCACUAAGAAAGCCUGCAAGAGUUAGUUUGGAGAGUUCCCCACUCUUCACAUUUUCUUGUUGUUUAAAAGUCCUGUGGCUUCACAGCUUGCAGCUUUCCCUCCUCCAGUAUCCUCCCUUCUUUAAAUGGUCCAGAGCCACAAACUACACUUAAUUUCUUCAGUCUGUCCCGAUGCUGGUCAUUUUCAUUUCAGCUGUGUAUGAAUAAUAGAUCAGUCACUUUACAGGAACUUUGUGUACUGCUGAACUAAAGGGUUAGGGUUUGACAUUUAUAUGAUUUUUGUCCUCUAUUUUUUUUUAAUUUUUAAGAGAAGACGACUCAAAUCAAGAAAAUAUUUAAUCACAAAAAUAUUAAACAAGAUUCAUAAAUAAGAGUGGGGGGACAUACUGGUUACAGUUACACUGCUUCUGCCAUGAGUAAAUCAUUUACAGUUAUUCAAAUUUAUAAAUUCUUUAUAUAAAACAAAUUUUAAAAGCUUUUGUUUGAGGGAAAAAUACAUUUCUUGACUUGAAGUAACAGAAAUACACAGAUCUGUGCUCUCUUUUCUGUUUGUUUUGUUUCAUUGUUUGUGGAUAGUAAAGAUUUUGACAUGUGUGCUGAUGUACACAGAAGUUUCUUCUUCAUUUAUGCGGUGACCCCGCUCUAAGGACUUUUAGAUACUAAAAUCCAUACAGUGUGAGACAUCAGAUACCAGCAGAUACCAAACGCAGCGUCUAAAUUUAAUGCUGGACAUUAAAUGGCUUUCUUCAUCUUGAUAAAGUUGUUUUCCUGGAGGAAAACAGGGAAGGUGAUGAGAUUUUAUUAUCUUGUGUUUUUCAGUGUCAUUACACAGUUAAACCAAACGGGUCUCCACUCUGUUGGGAAGUAGUUUUGGUGGUAAAAUGGUGCUGCUUCUGUAUUAUUUUGAAAUAGUGAGACCCAAAGUAUUGGCUGCAGAAGACACAAUCCUGGCUGUAGGUGUAGCACUGACCAUUGGGCGAGGAAAUUCUGCUCAUGUUUAGAAACUUGAUUAAAUAAUUUCAAUUUCAAACAUCUGGACUGAUAAAGUCCCAGCAAGUCUUUUCUACCCACUUAUUGUGACUCAGCUUUCCAUGCAGCAGGCGUGUGUGUGGAGGCGGGGUGAGCGCUUGUGAAGAUGUUUGUGAUUUCGAAGCUCCUUGCAUUUCAUGGAGCAGUUUGUAAUGUCAUAUCCUGCGCUCUCCAGGGAAUGUCUCAGCUCGUGCUGGGACGAGUGGUCCGGCGUCAUUCUCCUCUGACUGGGUCAGGAGGAGGCGGCUGGGAUUGUGCAAAGAGACUGGGAGAUCCUGAUCACAGGGAAAAGAUCAAUAACGAGGAACCAUCUGUGGUCUGUUAACAGAAGACUGCUGGAUCCUGAAAUGCCAGAAGACACUAGCAAGGAGGCCAUGAGAACACCAGCGACACCAGAGAAGGCCAACAACGCCGAGCGCCCUGCUGUCGCCAUGACAGCCCUAAACAUCCCCCUAGUUAAUGAAGUGCAGCUGACCGCAGCCACCGGCGGGGCAGAGCUCUCCUGCUAUCGCUGCACAAUCCCGUUUGGUGUGGUAGUGCUCAUUGCAGGCAUCGUGGUCACCGCGGUCGCUUACAGCUUUAAUUCGCACGGCUCCACCAUCUCCUAUUUUGGCCUGGUGCUCCUCUCUGCAGGACUCUUGCUUUUAGCGUCCAGUGCCAUCUGUUGGAAGGUGCGGCUGGAGAGGAAGAAGGAGAGGCGGCGGGAGAGCCAAACGGCCUUGGUUGCAAACCAGAGGAGCAUUUUCACUUGAAGCUGCAGUUUAAACAACGCAGCUCCAGGUUUUCUGAGUCUGAAAAGGCCUGAUCUCGACACGGUUUGAUGAAGAACCAGCUGAAGGCAGAUGUUGUCCAGAAUGUUUCUUCAGUUUCCGACCUGUAAAAGCUCCGACUCUCAAGGCUCAGAAUUCAAAGCUUUACAGACAUUAUGAGGGAUUUAUUUGUCAAACAGACGUGGAGCAUCUGGUAAGCUGGGAACACAGCCAGAAGGAAUGUAUCACAAUUAAGAUGAAUUACCACUGUGCGGAGUGGCGUAGAGGAAGUCUCCCAUUAAUCGGCUGUUGGAUGUGCUGCCUUUGAUUGCAGCAGGAAGGACUGUGGUUUGAAAAAGUCCAGAACAAUGACUCUCGCCUCAUUUGCUAGGCUUCAACUUGCAAAUAUCUGUUUAGAAAGUCUCAUCUUGCAGGAAAUGGGGAGAAAUGACCUGCUUUUGAAGUAUGGUACGUUAUAAUGGCUGAGAAGGACUAUUAAAUUUUGAAUAUGCAUCCUCUUAAACCACUUUGAUCCUACAUAUUCAUCAUAUUAUGUAAUACAUUUCUUUAAAAAAAAUAAUGCAAAGAUACAUCCACAUUUUAUGUAGCAAUACUUAAUGUGGACAACUACAUUUUUACUGUCUAUAGCUCAUAUUGUGUAAAAUUAAACUAGCAGCUUUGUUUUAGCGUAAUCAUUUGCAUGUAUUCAUUGUUAUCACAUGAUCAUGAUGUUUAAUAAAAUCAUUUUAUCAAGCAUGUUGUUAGUGUCGCAACUGGACAGAAUUAAUUUAGUUUUGUCUUGUUUUGUUGUACGUAUUGAAAGGAAAGACUGUAUAUAAAAGAUGGGUGUAGCCAUGUCACCCAUUGGUUUGAAAUUUGAAGAGCUAACAUAAGUGUUUUAGCUACGAUGUUGGGUUUGUGGAGCCACGAGUGACCGUAUUUAGACCAAAGGGGGGAGUGCAGCGCUAGCAAAAAUGGUUAGCUAGCUGCAUCCAAAAAUUCUGACUGCAUCACACAUACAGACACACCUGCUAAAUAAAAGAUUAAUAAAAUACUAGCAUUUCACCAAGUGAAACUGGACCAUAGACUUCUUGUCCAGUUCAGUGACUCAAAUUAGCAGAGGAAAUGCUUAGCAGAUAGCUAGGCUAUUAGCCACAGCACCUACAUUUAAGCAAGUUAUUUAAAAAAUAAAUAUACCACCCACCAUAAAGUUUUUAUAAAGAGAGAAAUCAUCCAUAAAGCCCCCAAAAUGUCCCCAAAAUGCUGCAGUUUUGUUUUUUAGGGUUUUUAUUUCCACUCGCUUUGUUUCUUAGCCCCAAACACUGUAGCCACUUUAGCUUAGCAGAAAAAUGUGAAACUGCUAGCCUGUGUGUGUCCAGAUUAUCAGUGUUCUAAAGUGUUCUAAGUGUUCUAAAACCCAUUGAGUGACAUUUAA